AUGACGCCGCCCUACGUCACGGCCCUGGAACGGUCUCGAAUUCCCGCGCGUGACGUCACCGCCGAGUGUCUGUGGACUUCCUUUGCUGAUGGCAGAGUCAGACUGAGAAUAGAUAACUCAUGUCCACAGGCUCCCAUAACAGUUCAUCAAAUGUUCAAGGAGAGCCUAGAAAAAUAUGGAUCCCUUAAUGCUUUGGCCAGCAAAAAGAAUGGAAAGUGGGAGAAGGUAACUUUUUCAGAGUAUUAUUGCCUCUCCAGGAAGGCAGCCAAGAGCUUCUUGAAGCUUGGUCUUGAACGAUUCCACAGUGUAGCAAUCCUUGGAUUCAAUUCUCCAGAAUGGUUUAUCUCAGCAGUUGGAGCGGUUUUUGCUGGAGGAAUUGUCACAGGAAUAUAUACAACCAAUUCUCCAGAGGCCUGCCACUACAUUGCUUAUGACAGCAAAACCAAUAUUAUGGUUGUGGAAAAUCGGAAACAAUUGGACAAGAUAAUGCAGAUUUGGAAUCGCUUGCCGCACUUGAAAGCUGUUGUGCUAUAUAAGGACUCCAUUCCAGAGAGAUACCCGAAUCUGUAUACGAUGGAAGAGUUUCUGGAGUUGGGAGAUGACAUAUCUGAUACUACUUUGGAUGAUAUUAUUAACUCCCAAAAGCCGAAUCAAUGCUGUGUACUAAUAUACACAUCCGGCACAACUGGGAAGCCAAAAGGAGCCAUGCUGAGUCAUGACAAUAUAACUUGGACAUCAGCACAUUGCAGCAGAGCAGGAGAUAUGCAACCUGCAGAGAUCCAACAGGAGUCUAUAGUCAGCUAUCUCCCACUCAGCCACAUAGCUGCGCAGAUCUAUGACCUGUGGACUGGAAUCAAAUGGGGAGAGCAAGUUUACUUUGCUGAGCCAGAUGCUCUGAAGGGCAGCUUGAUCAACACACUAAAAGAAGUGCAGCCAACUUCUCACAUGGGAGUUCCCCGAGUAUGGGAGAAAAUCAUGGAGAAAUUAAAGGAUGCUUUUGCUCUGUCAGGAUUUAUGAAGAAGAAAAUGCUGUCAUGGGCUAUGUCACUUAGCUUAGAGAGAAACCUAAACUGCUCAAGCAGUGAUUUAAAGCAGUUCUGGAUGAGGUUAGCAGACUACCUAGUGCUUGCAAAAAUACGCAGGGCUCUGGGUUUUUCUUCCUGCCAGAAGCACUUUUCUGGUGCUGCUCCUCUCAAUACGGAAACACUGUAUUUCUUCUUGGGACUGAACAUCACCCUGUAUGAGGCCUACGGGAUGAGUGAGACCACAGGCCCACAUUGCCUGUCUGGGCCCUAUAUUUACAGGCAGCACAGCUGUGGUAAACCAGUACCUGGCUGCAGAGUGAAAUUGGUGGACGAAGAUAUAGAAGGCAAUGGAGAAAUCUGUUUCUGGGGAAGGACUGUUUUCAUGGGUUAUUUAAAUAUGGAAGACAAAACAAAAGAAGCCUUUGAUGAGGACGGGUGGCUGCAUUCUGGAGACUUAGGAAAGCUAGACAAGGAUGGCUUUCUCUAUGUCACAGGAAGAAUUAAAGAUUUGAUUAUUACAGCUGGAGGUGAAAACGUACCUCCAAUUCCAAUUGAAGAUGCUGUUAAAAAAGAGCUCCCCAUUGUUAGUAAUGCUAUGGUGAUUGGAGAUAAAAAGAAGUUUUUGGCAAUGUUGCUGACCCUAAAGAGCGUGCUGGACCCAGAUACAUCUGAUCCCACUGAUGUUCUCACUGAGCAAGCUAGAGACUUCUGCCAGAAGAUUGGUAGUAAAGCCACUAAAGUAUCAGAGAUUGUAGCUACAAGAGACCAGGCGAUCUACCGGGCCAUUCAGGAGGGAAUCGACAAAGUCAACAUGAAUGCUACUAAUAGGGUUCAUUGUAUUCAAAAAUGGAUAGUCCUGCCAAGAGAUUUUUCCAUUUCUGGGGGAGAAUUAGGUCCAACAAUGAAGUUAAAACGGCUCACCGUGCUUGAGAAAUACAGAAAUGAAGUAGAUUCCUUCUAUGAAGAAUAA